CAUAAGGACAUGGGUUCGUUGGAGUUGAGAAUAGUCUGAAAGUCACCGUUUAAUAUUUGGCUGAAUAUUUCGAUCGCUAAUAUUGACAUCGUGAAUGUAGAUUAAUCAUAUUGGCCAAAUAGUUUGUAACAAGGAUACAUCCGCCAUAACAUUUCUCUGAGUCAUAUUGAAGCGGCUUCUGCAAGUCAUUUCCGCAGUUUCUUGGCGCAGCUACCUGAACGGCUUCAGCUGGUAAAGCCACGGAAUUACCAUCAGUCCCUGUGAAACCCUCAUCGUGGCUUUAGUUUGAUAGGGCAGGUUUAUUGAAGAGCCAUUGAAGUUUCUGCAGGCCGCAGACAUCUCAUUUGUACCCGACUCCAUUAUCUGGGCAAGCGUUUGAGGAGUUUAACCUAUUGGGAGGCGCUUCAGAAGGGACACAAAUAUCUGUGAGGUUGAUUUGUUAUUUGAUGAUCGCUGUCGAUUCCAGCGAUUUCCAACGCUGGGAAUCAAUGUUGUGGUAUCGAUUGCUCUGCUCCAUACAUUGAAGGUCUCCAGUAAUUCGCGAUUUUUUUGCGACUGAGAUCUCCGUUACAAAUUUACACAACCAUCAGGAUUUACAAAAUCAAACAAAACUUUUAUAAGUCAUUUUGUCCACAGCUCUGGGUCAAUGGCUGAUAGCUGAAUUCUUUGUUUGUUUUAUUUUGCACAAUAAUCUUUCCAACAGUAAAACAUUGUGAUUACUAACAGAAGUAGUUGCACCGUCAAUGACUUGAGCGCCUUUAAUUUUUUUCAUAUUUGUUUUCAUUCGCACCUCAAGAUUCAGCUAGGGCUGCUUGUUUGAAGAUCAAUAAAGCUGCGUAGACAGUGAAUAUAGAGCAGGGAGAAAGGUGUAAACACAGAUAUAAGGCGGGAGGGUGCUGGAUCUAAAACACGAUGGGCGUUCCGGCAUUUUUCCGAUGGUUAUCUGACAAGUAUCCACUUGUAAUCAUGGAUGUGGUGGAGGAUAAUAUCGAUGACAGCAAUGAUGCUUCUAAACCCAACCCGAAUGGUUUUGAGUUUGACAACCUUUAUUUGGACAUGAAUGGAAUAAUACAUCCCUGCUUUCAUCCAGAGAACUCUCCUGUACCAUCAUCAUAUAAUGAAGUCUUCAAGAACAUGUUUGAUUACAUAGAUCGUAUCUUUUUUAUAGUGAGGCCAAGGAAGCUUUUGUAUAUGGCAAUUGAUGGUGUUGCGCCGAGGGCUAAGAUGAAUCAACAACGUUCACGGCGUUUUAGGGCUGCACAAGAUGCAGCCAAAGCAGCUGCAGAAGAAGAAAGUUUGAGAAAAGAGUUUGAGGCCGCAGGUAAAGUUCUGGCCUCAAAAAAGAUGUCAGAAGCCAGUGACUCAAAUGUGAUUACCCCUGGAACAGAAUUUAUGGCAACACUAUCUAUUGCUCUUCAGUACUACAUACAUCUUAGACUAAACUUUGACUCUGGAUGGAAAAAUACAAAGGUUAUACUUUCCGAUGCAAAUGCUCCUGGUGAAGGAGAACACAAAAUCAUGUCUUAUAUUCGUCUCCAAAGAAAUCUUCCUCAAUUUAAUCCAAAUACAAGGCACUGUUUAUAUGGAUUAGAUGCAGAUUUAAUCAUGCUGGCAUUGGCAACUCAUGAAAUCCACUUUUCAAUUUUAAGAGAGGUUGUCACUUUUCCUGGUCAGCAAGAUAAAUGCUUCCUUUGUGGUCAAAUUGGGCAUUUGGCAGCUGAAUGUGAGGGAAUACCAAAUCCAAAACCAGAAGAAUUGGCUGAAGAUGGCACUGAGAAAAGUUCCAUUCCUAAAAAGCCCUAUCAGUUCCUCAACAUCUGGACCUUGCGAGAGUACCUAGACUAUGACCUAAAGAUACCAAACCCUCCAUUCGAGGUAGACUUUGAGCGGCUGGUGGACGACUUUGUUUUCAUGUGUUUCUUUGUAGGAAAUGAUUUUCUUCCACACAUGCCUACGUUAGAAAUUCGUGAGGGUGCAAUCAACUUGCUGAUGCAUAUAUACAAAAAAGAAUUUGGUCAAAUGGGUGGAUAUUUGACGGACGCUGGUGAGGUAAAUUUAAGGAGUGUGGAACAUUUUAUUCAAUCAGUUGGCUCAUAUGAGGAUAACAUUUUUCAGAAGCGAGCUCGUAUCCAACAGGCACAAGAGAAUAAUGAUGCAUUGAAAUUGAAAAUGAAGAAUUUAAGUAUUUCAGAUUCAGAUCAACUCCAGGAGGAUAAGGUUAAAUUAGGAGAACCUGGUUGGAAAGAAAGGUAUUAUGCUGAAAAAUUUGGAGAAAAAACACCACAGGAAAUUGAAGAAGUUAAGGAAGAUGUUGUCUUGAAAUAUACAGAAGGCCUUUGCUGGGUUAUGCGCUACUAUUAUCAAGGAGUAUGCUCAUGGCAGUGGUUUUAUCCCUAUCAUUAUGCUCCGUUUGCUUCUGAUCUAAAGGGUCUGGCUGAUUUGGAAAUUAUCUUUUUUCCUGGGAAGCCAUUCAAACCAUUGGAUCAGCUUAUGAGCACACUUCCUGCUUCAAGUGCGAAGGCACUUCCUGAACAGUAUAGGUCUCUCAUGACGGAUCCAAAGUCACCAAUUAUGGACUUUUACCCUACCGAUUUUGAGAUAGAUAUGAACGGUAAACGCUUUGCUUGGCAGGGUAUUGUUAAAUUGCCCUUUAUUGAUGAAACACGACUUCUUUCAGAGACUAGAAAGGUUGAAUGCACUUUAACGGAGGAGGAAGCUUGCAGAAAUAGUUUUAAAUGGGAUUUGCUUUUUGUGCAUAUUAGUCAUGCCUUGACUCCAUAUAUUAUUUCCGUCUAUAAAUGUGCUUAUCAUCUUUCAAAAGAUGAGAGAUUCAAAAUCAAAGAAGAAAUCGACGUCAGAGCCAGGUUGGUCAGUGAUGGAAUGAAUGGCUUUUUGAGUCCCUGUGAAGGAUAUCCUUGUCCACCCAGUUUCCCUUCACCCAUUAAGGGCAUGCAAGAUAUUGAUUCCAAUCAAGCACUGCAUGUAUCAUACCUUAAUCCACCCCCGCAUAGACACAUUCCAAGUCCACCUGAGGGAGCAAUCAUACCAACAAAAACUAUAACUGAACAAGAUAUAAAGCAAACACCAAUUUUAUGGCAUGAGGAUAAUGGCCAAAGGCAACGGUUUCGAGAAAGGCCACCUGUUCCUGGGGCGAUUUCAGGUCCUCAUCUAGGAGAGGCAGCUCAUCGUCUCUUGAUGAAUACACUACAGAUAAAGAGUAGCAACUCAAGGAAUGCACAGCCUGCGCAGCAUCUGACACCACAAACUUCACGUAACUCACCUGGUAUACUUACGAUGCCCUCAUCAUAUCAGGGUACUAUGAGAUCCAAGCCAAGGCCAGCUGGACCUCCAGGCUAUGAGCAGGGGUUUGCUCCUUAUGAAUCCUGGCCGAAGUCAGUUGGCCCUCCUACCUAUCAACAUAGCUUUAUCAUGUCUGGAUCACCAAAUUCUCAUACUGUGACACACAGCAACCUUCAGAAUAAUGACCAGGAUUGCAUUGCCACUUCCUCAGCAUCAUUUCCUGGAUACCAGGGAAUGCAAGACCAAAUGCAGCCUGCUUUUUCUGCCAAUGGAUGUUACCCUCAAACCAUUUCUCCAAUCAUGACUAAUGGGGAUAUGCACUUUCCUCAAGUCCAAGGUGUCAAUCUACAACAAUAUGGAAUAUAUCAGGGUAGCCCCAGUUAUGCAAACUCUCAACAACAUUAUCAAAUUCAAAAUAUUCAGAGAAAUGAUCCUCCAUUGCCACCGCAAACAUGGUUUUCUGGCAGAGGAACUAGUAACACACAUCUCUAUUCAAGUACUCAAGAUGUGGCACCUUUGUAUAAUGAUGGAAGUAGUGUCCAUCAUGGAAGAGGAAGGGUUGGCCCUCCAUGGUCAAUGGGUUCUGGUCGCCAUUAAUCUAUAAUCAAAUGCGAGUGAGGAGAAUCUAAAUCCAUGUUGUACUUUGUGUAGAAAUUCUUCCCAUAGCACAUUCUUUAACCAAUGACCUGCUGCAAUGUCUAGGCAGCCAAAACAUCAUUUGUACAAUGAAAACGGACUAUGUACAGUAACAACUGACUGCCCUCUGUACUCUCGUGGGGAGUUAAAUUUGUAGAUUCUGAUGCUGAUCAUUUGUAUCCAUGAAAUUCUCAAUAGCUUAAGUCUGAUUGAAUGAGAGACUCAUACACUUGUUGUGGACAGAAAAUGAGAUGAGUCUCUUUGUUUGGAACUUUUCAUAGCCUGUAAAAGUUCAGUUCUCAUCACAUAAAUCGGUUUAUUUCA